CCCCGCAGCGCCGGUCGGGAGCGCAGCGCGGCGCAGGUCGGCGCGCACGGCGGGAGCGGCGCGCAAGUGGUCGGGCCUGGCGGCUGGACGGGCGCCCCUCGCUGCCUCGCGCGCUCCCCGCCGCCCCCCAUGAGCGCAGCCCCGCGCGGCACGGGUCCGUAGGCGGCGGGGCGCCCCCCAUGCUGCUGCAGCCCGCGCCGUGCGCCCCGAGCGCGGGCUUCCCGCGGCCCCCGGCCGCCCCCGGCGCCAUGCACGGCUCGCAGAAGGACACCACGUUCACGAAGAUCUUCGUGGGCGGCCUGCCGUACCACACCACCGACGCCUCGCUCAGGAAGUACUUCGAGGGCUUCGGCGACAUCGAGGAGGCCGUGGUCAUCACCGAUCGCCAGACGGGCAAGUCCCGCGGCUACGGCUUCGUGACCAUGGCCGACCGGGCAGCAGCUGAGAGGGCUUGCAAAGACCCGAACCCCAUCAUCGACGGCCGCAAGGCCAACGUGAACCUGGCAUAUCUGGGCGCCAAGCCCCGGAGCCUCCAGACGGGCUUUGCCAUUGGGGUGCAGCAGCUGCACCCCACCUUGAUCCAGCGGACUUACGGUGGGAUGAGGCCUUCCCACCUGCAUCUGGGCUCUCUCUGAUCCACGCAGCUGCCUCUGGGACUCCAUAACCAUCAGUGCUUGGCCUCUCGGGCUUGCAGAUGUGGGUUCGAAUCCUGACUUUGCCCCUUACCAGCUAGGUCUGUCUUGGCAGUGGCAUCCUCCUUAUCCAGAAAACAGGAACAUUAACUGCUUAAAACAGUGGACUGAAACUAUUCUUACUUUAUAGGUGGGGAAACUGAGGCAGAGAAAGGCUAACCACGUGUCCGGGCCCGGGGAGGGGGCGAGGUAAUAGACGUCCAGGAGGAGAUAAGAACACAGGUGGUGGGUGCCUGAACGUAUGCUUUCUUGGUGGGGUAGGGUGGGAAGGGCCCCGACCUGACCUUUCCCUUGCUAUCCUGGAGUCCUGUGAACACCACCCGUCCAGAAGCAGUUGGGAUCGGUCACAGAGUUUGCCACUGUGUGCACCCGACUUGAGGCGACGGUGUUUUGUAACUAAAUCUGCUGGCUGGCUGUUAAUACCUGUGACGGUGAAGAGGCCGCAGACUCUAUUUGUUGGUUGCCAAAGGGUGGAGACCCAAACAGGGACGGUGUCAGAGGGACCAUCCGCUCUUGGUUUCCUGGGAGAUCUGAACUCAAGCUUCUGAGAAUUGCACCGCCUCCUGCCCCUGCCUCUGGGCCUUACUGAGGUGGGUGGGGGGAGGCUCCCGGUGCAGCUCCCGGGUGCAGCGGGGCGGGCUGCCUGGGUCAGCUGUCUGCCCCCAGCCCCCGCCCACUGGAGAGCUGGGCCGUCAGCGUCCCUUUUGUCUUUGUGAACAAUCAGGCCCCGGGAGCACAGCCGGGCCUGACUCAGCGGCCAGUUUUGUCGGCCUUGGGCUGGCAGCGAGGCCCGCCCUGCUGUUGGCUGAGGGCAUGGAGGGAGGUGGGAGCCAGGAGCCCGGCAACUGAGGGUUGUCCACCAGUUAACCCCUUCCAUGCCUGGCUGAACUCUUCCUCGACUUUCUGACCCCAACCUUUUAUGCCUUGCCCUGGACAACUCUGAAGAUCCCACUGCUCUGCUUUUAGGCAAGACCCUGUGGAAUCUUCGCCUGGCUGGGUCUUAAAUGUUAGUUUAGAAUGAUUUACCAAAGAACUUUACACUUUAUGCUAUUUGCCGGGAUUUCCUUGCCUCUUUUGUUUUUUUAAGUUGAACAGGCUCUGUGAGACCUAACUCACCUGUGCAUUUCUGACUAACUGUAUGUAGAGGGUCCAGCAGUCCGCGGUUUGGAGGAGCCUUCCUCUGCGGUGGCAAGUGCAGGAGCCUGUGGCCCUGGCCCGCCAAGGGUGUCUGCCAGCUGAGCGUGUCCGUCACCUGCUGGAGGGAGGGGAGCUGCAGCCGUCUGGAGAGGGUCUGUGCCCAGGCAGAGCUUAGUCUGGCCUGGAAGGGUGCCCUGGUGUCAGGGGGUGUCUGUCCAUUCCUGGGCUGAGGGCACCGGGAGUAGAGGUUUGUCCUGGGCCUGGCUGUGCCCAGAGCCUCUCCUUGGGUUAUUUUUGAAGGACCAGCUGCUUCCCUGGUGCAGGUCUCCUUGCCUGUUAAGGGGGCCCGACUGUGGCCUUGACUCCCGUUCACUGAGUGCCUCACUAUGUACAUUCUAGAAUGUUGGAAGGGGGUGGAACAUCCCUGGCCUCCACCCCUAGAAGCCGGUAGCAUUGCCUCCCCCAAGUCAUGGCUACCGAAAAUGUCUCCAGACAUUGCCAGUGUGCCCUGGGUUUAGUGGUAUGAGGACGAGUAUCUGUGAGUCUCUUCGACCUUGCUUCAUGGUCACAAGAUGACUGUCAUAGCUCCAGACAACGCACCCACGUUCAGGGCAGAAAGGACGAUAAGGGAUAGUACGAACUGCCUCUGUCUCUUUCAGCAGAAAAGUGGAAGCUUUCACAGAGGCCUCCACAGGCUUCCACUUAAGCCUCACUGGCCACAACUGGGUGACAGGACAUGGCCACCACAGGGGCUCUGAUAUGACAAGACAGGCUCCUGGGACUCCGGGGUGUCAGGUACAGGCCGUAUCCAGGAGCAAGGGCCCUGGGGUCUGCCUGGGCUUGAGGCCAGGCCCAGCCCGUCUCUGCAGGCUCCUGCCCGUCUGUGAGUGAGAACAGUAACACUGCCUUCUCUACAGGGCCAACUUGACUGUGUAUAGAGGGCCUGGCCAUGGGAAGUCACAGUUUGUCAGUGACGCAUCUCUUGCCGGCCCUGCUCCAGGGUCUGUUGAUUGACUGCCUGUGCAAAACCGAGGCUCAGAGCAACUGAGAGACUUGUUGGGUUCACACAUCCCGGGAUGGUGGGGCCUGAGCUGGGGGCUGCGAGACUCUUGUCCCUCCCCCAAGGACUCAGCAUCUCCCUCUGGCUAGAUGGCAGCUCUUGGAUGAAUCAGAGCACACGGCCCCGAGACUGAUGGUGGCCGUGAGACCCACUCCCAGGCAUGUGCCUGCCCCACUGCGUGUAUAGUUUCAGGGACCCCUACAUCCUUCGCGUGAAGGUCUCCGGUGCCCACGUUGGCUGGGUAGUCGAUGGCUGCCCUUGCCAUCAUGGGGCCUUGGUGUGUGCAUGCCACAGGGCCUGGACAGAGCACCUGGGUCCCCAGGGUAAGAGGAGGGACUGGGGAGGCAGGGAUGGGAAGAUGUCUGUCUCCUUGAGAGCAUGGGAUGUGCAAGCUGGGGAGAGCGUCAGCAGCCACUCCUAGAAUCAUUCAUUCAUCAGGUGUUUAUUGAGUGCCUGCUGUAUGCCAGGCCUGGUGCCAGGGAUCCUUUGAAUAAGAAAGACACGGUCCCCGAUCUCAGGGUGCUCACAUUCUGUUUGUGUACUCGUGGGCCCGCGUGGCGAUGCGUGCAGUUAAACAGGAAGCUGGCGGAAUGAGUGCCUGUGUGGGGACCUCACAGUCCCACGUCUCGAGUACAGUGGUGGGGAGAUGUGUCUGUGUGUGUGAUAAAGCUUCACAGUUCGUGUGUAGUUACACGUGACAUAUAAGGUUAGUGCGUGCAGAAGACGAUGCAGUGUGCUGAAGGCCUGCAGUCCAGGUCGUAGCACUGUGCCUGGGUUAGUGUCCUGGUUUUGCUAAUGUCCUUAGUUACUCUGAUGUGCCCUUGGGGGAUGGAGGAGGCAGGGUACACAGGACCUCUCUGUACUGUUUUUGCAACUUCUUGGGAGUCUUUUAUUAUUUUAAAAUACAAAGUGAAACAAAUCCAGAUGAGCUGUUUGCAGGUGAUGGCGUGUGUGUGACUGUACGCAUGCGCACGUGUGCGAGUGCGCUGGGGAAGGCCCCACUGAGGAUGGGGGAAAUGGGCCCUAUAGGCGUCUGGGGAAGAAUAAGCAGCCCAGGCCCAGGGUGACAGGCGAGCUGCAGGUCGCCAUGGCGGGCACCGGGUGAGCACCGCAGGGCAGAGGCAGAAGCUGAGGUCAGAGCCAGGCGGCAUGGGGGCUGGGAGGAAGUGACUCCCCCACACACUGUGGCGUCACGUUUUCACCCUGAGGGUGUCUCGUGGUGGCCCCGCUGCCCCCCCCAAGGCUUCCUGUUUGGCAGCUCAUCUGGAGCCAGGCGUGGGCUGCGCUGUGGCCCUCCUGGGCGGGCGCCCGUGCCGCACCUGUUGUUUGUCCUGUCUGCUGAAACAGAAAGCAGCCUUUGGGUGGCGGGGGCUCCUCUCCGAGCAUGAGUUCUCACCCUGGCUCCCUGCUGGGCCUGGAGAGCCUCUUCUGUAAGCCUUGGGCCAAGGGAGGCAGCUUUGUCUCAGGGCAGAGGCCUGAUCACAGACCGAGGUGGAGGCCCAAGCUUGAGCUUUCCUCGUUUCGCCUCAGUUUCACCUUGUGUCCAGGGUGGACAGGCUGAGAACUCUGCAGUGUGCUGGGGACAUCAGGACCUUCCCGCUGACCUUGUUUGGGUAGAGUAGGGAGUUGGGCACUGGGUCAGCUUGUCUGACAGAUCUUUGCUUGCUUUGUACCCGGCUGGGGACGCCUGCCAUGGGGGUGAGGGGAGACCCGGUCCCAGCACCUCACAGUGUUUCCUGCAGCGAGGUGCUAAGAGAAGGACAGAGACAAAGGAGGUCAGCAUGCCUCCGAAGACGACAGGAGCUGGGGAGGGGAAGGGAGCAGCCGGGGAGGCUCAGGGCCCAGCAGGGUAGCCUCAGCUCCUAGAGGACUUUGAUGACCCAGGGAGGCAGUGCUGCCUUCCUCCAGGUGACUCCCAGGCCACGCAGGCUCGGAGCGGAGGAGGGAUGGGUCAGUCUGCAUUUUUGUUUUCAGAGUGUUUUUGUUUCUGGCUGCUGGGUUGAGCCUGGACUGCCGAGGGUUAGGGUGGUGGUUGGAGGCCCUUAGAGGAUGCCCAGUAAUCCAGGCACGAGACAAGGGUGCUGCCUGCACCAGUGGCCCUGGUGAGGUAUAGUGAGAUUCUGGGUACAUAUUUUGAAGAACCUGGGAAAGAGGAGUCCAAGAAGAUUCUGGAGCUUUGGGCCUAUGAAAUGGGAGAUGGGCUUGGCCCUGACUGGGGUGGAGGCUGCUGUGCAGUACAGUUUUGGGGAGGUCAGGAGUUGGAGUUUGGGCAGGUUCAGCUGGAGAUGCUGUUCCAGGCCUGGCAUUGCCCCACAGAGAGGACGUUUGACCUGUGUCCUGUGACUGGCUGCCCCACAGAACCUGAAUAUCCCCAGCUUGCGGCCCUCCCCCUAACAAGUCACUGGGGAUUCCCGGGAGGCAGAGCCGUGGCCUGGCUUCCUGCCUGCCAGGCGCCUUGGGGACCUUCCCACACCCAGCCAGGCUGGAGUCAGAACCGUAAGAGCUGCGGUCUGUCUCUGCCGUGGUGGGGCAAGGCCCCUGGAGAGCAGGGAAAGUGAAAUGGACUCAUUUGCCUUUUUCGUUUUUAUUUUCAGAGGCGACUUUAUGUUCAGAAAAUGAGUCCUCCUGGGCCAUGGUCAGUUAUUUUCACUGAGAGUUCUGCUCUGAGUGUGGGCAGCAUGUGUCCCAGGCACCAUGUGUACUUCUCUCACCCGGCCCGCCGGUGUGGGGUUCUCAGACUGCAGAGGCCCGAGUCCUCUGUCUUGGGGGCAGUGUUGGACUCUGCAGCAUCCUUAGUUUACAGAUGGGGAAAUAGAGGCCGGAGGGACUGAGUGAUGGUCCAUGCAACUUGGACAGGCAUGGCCAGGAUCUGGACUUGGGGCUCUUCCUGCCCUUGGACCCCUGAGUCUCCGUGGACUGAGUCAGCUGGGGUGCUCUUGGCUGUGUGCUGACCCUGGGUGUGUUGGGGUGCAGAUGCUGCCUGGGCCACAUGGGAAUGGGAAAGGAGGCAGGCACUUCAGAUUUCCAGUCUGGACCAGGCUCUGGGUCCCCCUGUCCUCUCCUGGGCUGUGGCAGAGCCAGCUCCUCAUGCAUGCCCAGCCCUCCCCGGAUGGCCUGGCCUUUCCAGCCCUAAUGGUGGCCCGUUUCAGUGACUCCAUGAUUUGAGAGUUUGGUGUUGCCCAGCCAGGCUCUGGCACUAGAGGGAAGCAGAGAACCCCUAAGUCGUCUUCCGCAAACACCCCUGACCCCAGCUAGCUGCCUGUGCCCGGUGUCCAGCGUCGCAGAGGGGCUUGAGGGGCAUGUGGGAGGUCUAUCCCACCCAUUCCCGUGGUUUCUUCCUUGGCUCUGCCUGGACUUUGCACAAGUGGUGGGAUUAAUUCUCUGGGAAACAGAUUCGCCUCUGAUUGGUGCAAGGCCCUUUUCUGGGGUCUUGGUGGGAGGAUAGAAGUUUUCUGCAGAGGAUGAGGAGGCACAGAAGCCCGGUUGUUCUGAGGCCGGAACUUGUAAGGAAACUGGAAGGGAAGGAGGCUCCUGCCCUCUCCUGUGAGGGAACAGCUGGGCCGUGGCUCUGCAUCCCUGGGGAACGGGUGGGACUCCAGCGGCGGCCGUACAGAGGGUCCAUUCCAAAGUGGCUUCUAAAGGAGGGAGCAAGUACCCUGUCCUGAAGAGGCAGGUGGGCCCUGGCCAGACAGGAGCAGCCCUGAUGGGCAUUGGGUCCCCCAACCUUUGGGCUCCUACCUGACUGCACCUGGCCUCUGGUCUGUUUUGCUCACCAAGGGUUCUUGUCUGCUGCCCCCUGACCUAGGGCUGAAAGUCCUAGGAGAGGGAGGGCCUCUGUUCCUCCCAGCAUUCCUCAGGCCCAAGGAGGCAUCAAUGCUGCUGAGGCCUCUGGGGUGCACAGAGCAUUAGAUCCUCACAGCAGCCCCCUGGGGUGUGUGGUUCCCCAGAGGCAGUGAUGAGGUCACCCUGGGCCGCCAGGCACCUGGCUGGGGAGCAGAGGCUGGUGGGCUGUGCCUGUCUAGCUGUGACUUGCUGGGUGGAGCCGUGCCUGCCUGUCCCUCCAGCCUAUCCAGCCCUGGCUGCUCAAGGCUGAACUGCUUUCUCUGCCUUCUUGGGGCAGGGACUCAGCCUGGGAAGCAGUGGCCAUUCCAAGGCGGGGGGCUCUUUUGCCUCCCAGCUGCCUGCAAAGCCAGGGCCUGCCUCAGACCGUCAGCACUGGGCACCUGCUGUGCUGGGGCACUUGGGAUGCAGUGGCCGAGACCCUGCUUUUGUGGGGACGACAUUGUGCAAGAUAGAUGACAAGGGGGCUUCUGAUCAUAAGAAACAGAGCCACAGCUCAGGGUGGGCCCCUGAGGGGUGAGCUUUGAGCUAUGGGAAGAAGCAAGUGCAUAGGUACGAAGGUCCUGUGGUGGGAAGGAGUCGAAUCUGGGAACAGAAGGAGCCCAGGGCAGUGGGAGUGCAGGUGGAGAUGAGUUGUAAGAGGUAGGUUGAGGCCUGAUAAUGCAGGAAGCCACGAGGGAGCAGUUUGGGUUUUCUUCUGGGUACAAUGGGAGACAGCUGGAGGGUUCUGCUCCUGGAGGUGAUGGGGUCUUGAUGUUUCUGUUUGUUUGUUUUUUGAGACGGAGUCUCGCUCUGGCGCCAGGCUGGAGUGCAGUGUCUCGAUCUCGGCUCACUGCAACCUCCACCUCCCUGGUUCAAGCG